CGCCCGCGCACCGCCCUCUUCUUCCCCGGCCAGGGCGUGCAACGCGUGGGCAUGCUAGACCCCUGGCUCGCCGCUUUCCCCUCGACCGUCAAACCCCUCCUCGACGACAUCAACCACACCCUGUCCAUCUCGCCCUCGCUCACCGACCUCAUCACCUCGGGCACCAAUGCCAACCUCACCGCCACCCAGAACGCUCAACCCGCCAUCAUGGCAACCAGCAUCCUGAUCCUUCGAGUCUUGGAAAAAGAGUUUGGGUUCGACACAAAGGACACUGUUGAUUUCACUCUCGGCCACAGUCUAGGUGAAUUUGCUGCCCUGGUCGCAGCAGGAAACUUGCAAUUCACAUCCGCCCUCAAAAUGGUCAGACGCAGAGGCGAAGUCAUGGCCGCCUGCUCUGCAUCCUCAUCCGAGGAAAUGGGCAUGAUAGCCCUCGUCUGCGAACCCGACCAACGAGACGCUACUUUGGAUGCCAUCACCCGCCAUCUCUCCGCCAACCCGAAUCUCAACGCCACCGUCGCCAACAUCAAUUCAAAAACCCAGUUCGUGCUCAGUGGGGACAUUGCGCAUAUACAGCAAACACUAAAACAUAUACGCCACUUUGACAGCCAUGACCCCAGAGCCGUGCGACUGAAAGCCGAUUCGCCGUUUCACUCGCCAUUGAUGUUGCCUGCCGUCACUCUGAUGCGCAAAUUGCUGGCUAAACCCCAGGCAGUUACCUUUGAUGCUAGCACUUUGCCUUGUAUCAGCAACGUCACUGCCUUGCCUUUUUCUUCUGCAGACGACCUUGUUGAUCUGGUGGCCAGAUCGGCUGCUGAGCCUGUGCUGUGGCAUCAGAGUAUACAGUAUUUGCAUCAACAGCAGAAAGUCAAGAGGUGGAUUGGCAUUGGGCCUGGCAAGGUAGGCAGGAAUCUCGUGGGUAAGGAAGUGGGUAUCAAAGGUCUAGGAGGUAAAGGAGGAGGUGUGUUGGCGCUUACAGAUCCUAAAGAUUUGGAUGAGUUUAUGAGGGCGCUGGAGGAUACUGGCAAAGUCGCUGACGAG